GAUCUGCAGUAUGUGGUGACCAUGUCGAAAUCGCAAAAACAUUACUGCUGAACCAUCUCGUAAAUAUAAUUUUUCUUUUCUUUUUUAAUGUAUCCACUGACCAUAAUGUUUAGCAGUUUUUGUUUAAUGGUGGUUGUAAUACCCAUCUGUCCGCCUAUUAUCGCUUCUCAAUGGACAGGUGCAAUUACCAACGAAACUGGAGAUUUUAUCGGAUUGGAGAAAUCUGGAACAGGUAGCAAGCUUGGGACAGUGUUGACAAGUGCGUGUUACUGUCAGGUUAACAAAGACGCAAUGUCCCGACAAAUAUAACCUUUUGUGAUGCUAAGAAUUUGGACUCGGGCAUACUUGACCUGUAAAACUGUGGCAAAUGUCUUAAUAUUUAUAUCUAAUCUAAACCUAGCCUCACUAACACACACACUUGAACUAUGCAAUUUAUGAAUGACAGUUUUUGCUUCGUUGAUUGGAAUCAGCUGUGCCCAAGGAUGUAGAAGUGAAAAGAUAUUAAAGGUGAUUAAAUUUAAGAAAACUUUGAAAUGGAUGCCGAGGACCAAAAUGAAUGUUUAUCAGGAGAUGAGGAGAUAUCUAGGCUACCAGGCAGCGAUUCAGCACCGUGUACCAUGUGUGUGGAGGAACCCGAUUCAACGGCUGUGAUAUAUUGUGAUGAAUGUCAGGAAAAGAUGUGUGAAAUGUGUGCAUUUUUCCAUGGGAGGCUCAGAAGAACUCAACAUCAUCAGCUUACUGAUAUUCAAAAUUCAGGAGGAUCACAAAGGAAACAUUACUUGUCGUGUCUAGAAAGAGGGAGAAAAGAUGUCAGUAUGAACGAAACGCUUGUAAAUCACAUCUCCGAAGAAAUGAAUUCUAAAGUGCUUUUGUUUGAUCGUCUGAUACAAAGAUGUGAUGACGUAGAAAUGGAAUCAAAUCAACUAUCUCAAGACAUUGAAAAAGAAAUAAAUUUUCAUUUCGACAACUACAUUGAAUCAUUGGAGAAGCAUAGGAUCCAACUUCAGGAGCAGGUGCGAGCCAUUUCUACCAGACACAAUGACGAUAUCAUAAGCCAAAAAUCAGAGCUCUGCAACUUUAAAGAAAAUGUUGAUGAAGUCUAUGAUAUACUGCGUUCCAUGAAUUCGGAUGACGUUAGCAGUGACUGGAGCAGGUUGUCCAAACUCCUACUGACCAUACGACGAGCCAAUGUCCAAGUGUCCGCUCUAGAGAUGUCUUUCUGUCCAGACUCUGAAGGUCCAGUCAUCGACAAUUACCAAUUCUACGGCCAAUUAAUAACCGGACAUGUGAGUCCAGCAAAAUGCUUCAUAAAUCACUCAGGGUUAGAUACAGCGAGGGUCAGACAUAAAUUGUCCAUUUUACUUCAUGUUAUACAAGAGGAAGGAAAACCAUAUCCCUGCUCGGCAGAAAUUCGGGCCAGAAUUCUAGAUCCGUCGGGGUGUAUCUGUUUACCAAGAGAAGCAAAAAAUAACUUGAACGGAACAUGGACAUUGGAGUUUUUACCAUGUGAGGCUGGAAAACAUGUGCUCUACGUCACAGUGAAUGGACAUCCAAUAAAGACGAAAUCCUUUGUUUUCCACGUGAAACACGGUUGGCGAGAACACACCGGUAGGUGGCAUUGCUGCUCCGCCUGUUCCGGAAACAAAAGUGAUUACGAACAAUGUACAUACGGAUCUCAUCUGACAGUUUCAGAUGAUUUCCUCUGCAAUCAUAGUUCCGUCAUUCAUCCUGAAGCCCCACACUGGUCGUGCUGUGGAAAACUGACGAGACAUUCCGAAUGUGAUGUACUUACUAGGACGAAGACAUUCAAUCAGACCAAACAGUACACCAGACCAAUAUCAAAAUGUAGUAUUGACCUUGACCUCAUAAACUCCGCUGUCAAGGAAGUUACAUUGUAAGAAGACAGUGACAAGAAUUUGUUGAAGAAAUCUAAAGUUUGGUGUAACCCAAUGCAUUCAAGGAUGCAAUUCCUUGAAAUACAUACUUGAUAUGUAAUCCAUACACAAUAAUGUUAUAAAUAUUAAAGCGAAAUUUAUGAAUAAUGCAUAAAUAAUAAAUGUUAAUGAUAUAAUAAA